AUGGUUUCACGAUUGGCGGCCUUGCUCGCCGUCGGGCAGCUCGCGACGACAUGUUACGCGCAAGUAAAAAACGUGCCAGAUGUGGACUCGUUUCUGAGGAGGGGGUUUCCUAGAACGACCGUCGUCGGAAACUACCUGUACAUCGAUGGAGGAGAGGUUGCGCAGCUCGUCAACGGGAAGAACACGAGUCGUCCUUCUGAUCCAGUGAACGUCACCCUCUCAAUCGACCUCACGACAUCAUGGAAGCCCUCAGACGUCACCUUCAAAGAAAUCAAGAAAUCGGCCCCGACGAUGAUGAGGCAGGCGAUCUUCGACUUCCAAGACAACUCCACGAGCGCCAUCUACAUCUGGGGUGGAUUCCGCUCGUACGACGGGAACGUGCCGAGCGCGGCGCUCUGGAAGUUCAACCCCGACGGCAGCGGAGGCGGAUCGUGGAACACCGAAAUCAAGCCCGGCCAUUCGACGUUCGUCAACUUCGAGCGGUCUCAGGGCGGAGCCUUCGUGAGCACCCCCGGCGCCGGCUUCUACUUCGGCGGCUACUCCCAGGCGACCUCCGACCCCACGCCCGCCGGACCCGUCCCGGGAUACCUGAAGUUCAACUUCACCGACAACGCGCAGGCGUGGACGAACCACACCACCGCGCCCUACUCGCAGUACGGCACCCUCGGCGGCGCCGCUGCUCAUUACGUCCCGAACUUCGGCGACAACGGCCUGGUCAUGGUGCUGGGCGGAGGAAACUACCCGCUUGGGAGCUCGUCGGAUAACACCCCGCUCCUCGCCUUCGACGACAUCCACUUCAUGGACCCCGUGACGGACGUGUGGUACAGCCAGAAGACCUCCGGCACCGCGCCGGCACCACGCCAAUGGCAUUGCGCCGUGGGCGCCCAAGGCCAGAACAACACUUACGAGAUCUUCGUCUUCGGCGGCACCAGCGGCACGACCUCCUUCGACGAGGUCUGGAUCCUGAGUCUGCCCGGUUUCGUCUGGAAGAAGGCCGAUUACACUUCGACCAGCCCUCGCGACGCCAUGGGCUGCGCCGUCGGCGGCCAGCGCCAGAUGAUCACCAUCGGCGGCAUCGACCGUAGUUGGGUUGACUCCGCCAAGUUCUUCAAGGACAAGGACCCGUUCCCCCAGGGCGUCGGCGUAUUCGACAUGACGCAGCUGAAGUGGAACGACCAAUACGACUCCAGCGCCGCCGCGUACGACACGCCGGACAUCGUCAAGUCUUGGUACGAGGAGGGAAACACCGUGAACUACUCAAACGACGAAGUCGCCGCCCUCUUCAAAAAAUCCAACUCCGACUCCGGCUCCGGCUCCGGCUCCGGCUCCGGCAACAGCUCCUCCAGCGACUCCGAGUCCAGCUCGUCCAACGUCGGCGCGAUCGCCGGUGGCGUCGUCGGAGGCGUGGUCGGCGCCGCCGCGAUCGGCCUGGCCGCCUUCUGCCUCCUGAGACGGCGCAAGAGGCAGCAGCCCCCGGCGCAGGAUCCCGCCCUCGCCCAGGCGCAGCCGUACGCGCCGCAGCACGCUUACUCGCCGGUGCCGCCGUCGGCCACGAUCACGGCGUCCGAGUUGGAGAGCGGGCAUACUCCGCCUCCCGAUGUGCCCAAGAUGGCGCAUACGUCGGAGCUGCCUUCGGAUUCGAGGGUGAUGUACGAGCUGGACGGCUCGGGAGCGCAUAAGUGA